UUGGUAUUAAAAAAAAUUUGGCUUAUUUAAAAAAUGAAUAAACUGCUAUUUACUAUUUCCUUAUUGAUUCUGACUCUAUGCCAAUUUGAUGGUACAACUACUCCAAAGACCAAUCCAAAGAUCAUGACAUUCAAACCUAAUAGUAAGUGCUGUAAAAUGGAAAAAUAUUCAAUGCAUGGUUUUAGAAAUAUUGAAUUUGUAGGAAAUAAUAGAAAUGGCAAAUUUAAUGUAACGUUAAAAUUCUCAGCUCCCAAAUCGUCGAACUUUAAAAUAGAUAGUUUCAUCAUUAGAGUGCGAAUAUUAGAGGAUGGAAAAAAUUUUAGCCAAGUUAUUCAAGAGGGGUCUGUCCAAUACAAAAAUGGAACGGAAAACUACCAAUUUACAAUGACAAAUUUGAAUCAAAGCUUGGAAUACUUCAUAGAAAUUUUCUUUCAAUUCGAGAAUGUUAUAAUUUAUCAGUCUUCUUCUAAACACAUAUUGAAAUAUGGAAAAUCUUCAAGAGGUCUUUUAAUUGAUGAUUUGCCUUUUAAGAUAAAUAGUGUGAAAAUGGUUAAAGUGAACGGCAAAUUGGGUAUACAAAUAUUCUAUAAUGUUUUCAAGGAUAUUGAAGGUAUUUUGUCAUACAUACUUUUGAUCAAAUAUCCCCACUCAAGAAACUAUUUACAAAUAAUGACGUUUGAGCCAAUAUCAGGAAAAAACAAUCAUACAUUUAUUAAUGUGGAACCAAAGUUAGAAUAUGAAGUAUCGUUAAUACAAGACCCUGGGAAAAGAAAUUUUUACAGAAAAGAUUCGCGUUUCAUAACUUCUCCUGAAUAUUUUUAA